CUGUAUCUAUCGCGCCGACUGCAAGCACCAGACAGUAAAAUUCGAUCGUUCUACAUUGGUGCAUUAGAUAGACAGAAGUUCGUUCGUUUGGCUGUUGCUAGGGUCGAUGUGACCAUCGAGAAGGUCCCAGCGAAUGCGCCAAAAUUUACCACCUUAAAUUAUUUCAAACACAUGGACCGACUGCCACCCCAAACUACUGUACUUCGAGUAACUGCCCGGUAUGUUUCUAUCUUCUUCCAGUUUAUGUUCAGAUUUGCAUUGCUUUCAGCAUCAAUACAUUUUGAUAGUAAAUUGCUACCUGCGCGUACCAGGAGCUUAAACUUGUCGCCAGGUUGUUUCUAAGC